AUGGCGUCACUCAUAGUUCUUAACCUCCCACGAGGCGCACUAUUUGGCAUUGAUGGACACACAUGGAAAACAGGUGAAUAUUUCUGUGGUUUUCAGGACGUUCCUGAGGGUCUUCACUGGGCAUAUUAUACAAUAUCAGUUUGUGAGGCACAAAAAGGACAAUAUGGGUUUUGUCAGGGCUUUUUCUUUAGAAUUGAGGCUGCAGAUCGUGUAAUUUGGCAAUAUAAUAGUAAUAGAGAAAUGCUACAGAGAGAAAUAACAGAGACAAGACUGGAGACAGUGGUGCAGGAGAGGCUGAUUGUCUUUCCAGUGGAGAAAAAUAGAGAGCAUAGAGUGGGCAAAGAGGCGCAUAUACUUGGAUCAGAAGCAUAUAUAUCGGAGUUUGGCUGCAGGGUAGGAGACAGAGCGUUAGGUGCAGAUAUAGAGGAGAAAGAGGCUUGUACAGUGGAUAAAAGCACGCAUACAAUAAGUAAAAACGUGCAUAUAGUCGGUGGAGAAGUGUCUACAGAGGGAAAAAGGUCGAUUUUUGGGCAGUUAAUGUGUUGGAUAACAUGCAGUAUGCUAGACAAAGUGUUAUCAGUACCAUGGGAAGUUACAUCAGCAACAUCAUCCUAUUUAGACGAAGCAUUACCGGGUCUUCCGGUGAUUGAAGCAGAGGGAACAAUGGAGUUGCUUGGGAUUGAGCUUCGGCGGACAUGGCGUCCAGGAGCGGUGGGACAAGAAGUAACAGAGGGAUUUCUGGACAAAAGUUGGGAACUUGAGCGGAUUAUUGAGACAGAGUGUUUGGGAGGUGCGGGUGGAUUAGAAUGUUUUUUUGGUCUAAAUUGGGUAGAUAUUGGGCGUUUUUUGGGAGAAUUUCAGAUGUGUUUUAUUGUCUUUAUUUUUGUUUCGAAUGGAUCAUGUUUGGAGCAAUGGAAACGGAUGAUAACGUUGAUUUCGUCGUGUAGUAGGGCAAUUGGUUCUUUUUCGAGCUUUUAUGUGCAUUGGAUGGAUGCAUUUAGGAUACAGUUGCAAUACUGCCCUGAAGAUGUUUUUGUAGAUGUGUUUCAGGAUAGAGGAUACAUUAAGAAGUCUCUUAAGAGGUUGGAAUGUAAUAUUUUGAAUGCAGAAGCUUCAGUGGGAUCUUUGGAUGCAGUAAAAAGGGCGUUUAUGUGUUUGUUGGAUACUUUGAAACAGCGGUUCCACAUAGAUUUGAAUAUUCAAAAGGGAACCUAUCUGCAUUCUACGUCUUUGGUGUAUGAUUCGGAAAAUGAUGAGUUAGUUGAUAUGAGCGACAAUGAUUCAUAUGAUAAUGGUGAUUCUGACGAUGAUCCGAUUGUGGUUCAACUUUAG